UCACCUGAGAGACUGGAGAGGGUGAGCCGAGUGCGCUUGGUAGACGGGGCGGCCAUUUUAUGGUGGGUGUCAGGUCUCAUUUGAACAAAACAAAACUGUCACUCAAAGUCUCAAAAGGAAACUGCACGGCCAAAGAGUUGAGAGUUCAAACUUGAAAGUUCUUCUUCUCAUCGCCUCAUAAAGAUUUACUUCUUUCUCAAUGAAGUACCGAAGUCGGGCUGCAGCAUGAAAAGCAGCAGUUGGAAAUUUAACGGUUCGGAGCAUGGCAGUGAGACCGAGCCCUCCACUAGUGAUCCACCAGCGCCUAUGUGGGUCACUCACACACCCAUACCUGACAAUGUAACCGAAGACGGUGAAAAUGAUGGUACCAACUCCACCGAAAAUGAGAACAGUGACAAAAAAAAGGGCAUGAAGAACAGGCUGAAAUCCCUCGUCCCUCAGUCAUGGGCCAGCAUCAUCCAUAAACAGACGAAGGAAAGUGACUCUGAAGCCGGCACGACUGGGAUCCAGAUUCUUCCCAAUGGGACCAGAGUGAGCCCUCCUGUGAGUCCGCUGCUGGAGCGCAGGAACUGCAACGAGUCGCUGGGAAACUCCAGUCACGGCUCAACAAAGCCUCUGUUAAAGGAGAGUUUCACAGAUGAUCUGUUUUUUACGGGUCCACAAGAAGAAUCUUUGCUGACCAGCAUCCACCCAGCAGAGUACUAUGCCGAGAAGUUAGAGGUCUACAACCAGAAGUACUCGUACUUGAAAUCAUGGCCGGGGCUGCUCAGGCUUCUGGCUGGACUCCAGCUCCUAUUUGGGGGCCUGGUCAUUGCAUGUGUCAUCGCCUACAUUCAGAAAGACAAUGAGUGGUCCAACAGCUACGGACUCUAUAAUGGAGUAUAUAACGAGGGCAUGGGUUUGUCUGGCUACAGCUACAGAGGACCUAUGACCCCCUUCGUUCUAGCCGCAGCUGGAGUCUCCUGGAUCAUUACCUUUUGUCUCUUGGCGGUGGGAAUGACAAUGUAUUACCGCACCAUCCUCCUCGACUCCCCCUGGUGGCCCCUGACGGAGGCCUUCAUCAAUGUGGCCUUGUUCCUGUUCUACAUGGCAGCAGGGAUUGUAUACCUGAACGACUUGAACCGUGGGGGGCUCUGCUACAUGACUAUUGGAAUUAGCCCCCUUGUGUCCAGUCUGUGUCGGGUUGACGGGGGCCAGAUGGCAGGGACAGCUUUCAUCUUCAUCAACAUGGCCACGUACCUGGGGAGCUUCUUGGUAUGUCUGAAGAUGUGGAGGCAUGAAGCUGCACGACGGGAGAGGCAGUUCUUUGAAAACGAGCCUCGGGAGUUUCAGAAGUCCAUCCCGCUAGCCCCCGUAAGAACAAGACACAUAUCAUUCAGGGAUGAAGUAGAUAACUCUAUGAAUCAAGAUCCUUUUCAUCAGAAAACACUCGUCCCUGAGCUCCAGAAGAACCCACCCAGUCUGAACAGAGCCACAGCGUCAGGCACCUUCAACAAAAUACACGUCAUUCCAGACUACAUUAUGAAGUAUCCAGAGAUCAGCUCUGUGGAGGAAAGGGAAAAGUACAAAGCAGUUUUCAACGACCAGUAUCAGGAAUACAAAGACCUCCACAAAGAUAUCAGCAAUACCCUGAAUAAGUUUAGAGAGCUGGACACCGUGAUGGAACGACUCCCCAGAGAGGGAAAAAGUCGGCAGGAACAACAGAGGAUCCAAAGCAUUUCGAGGAAGUAUCAGCAGAAAAAGAACGACCCUGGUUUCCUGGAGAAAAAGGAGCGCUACGACUACCUGAAAGCUAAAUUAAGCCACAUUAAAAACCAAAUCCGUAUUUUUGACCAGGAAACUACUGGAAGUGACUAAACCAUGUAUGAGCCUCGGUACUACGAUAGCCCCCCUGUGUACACCCCGCCUUACAGCACCACCUCCCACAGCUUCUAUCCCCCAAGGAGCAUCCACUCACCCCAGAGCCAGUAUGUCCCCUACGCCUACGACCCUCCUCCAGAACCCUAUUACACUGAGGGGAAGCCUCAGCUCUUCUACCGCUGGUUCUCUCCUCCUGGUUUUGUUAAAACCGCCAAAGGAGCCACAGUCAUCAUGUGUUUCAUCAUCUUCGCCUGUGUGGCUUCAACCUUGGUGUGGGACGUGAAUGGGUACGCAGGCUACGGUGCCGGGAAUACAGCAAGCGCCGGAGGGACCGGAUAUUAUGGAGGAAGCUACGGCUACGGCAGCUCCUACAUGACGCCGCUGUCUGCAAAGUCGGCAAUGAUCUCCAUGGCUGCCAUCAACUUCAUGAUUUCUCUGGGGUUCCUGGUGGGGAGUUUCUCACGGUCGAGGGCCAUGCGGGGUUGCAAGUUUUACCUCACGAUGUUCAUUAGUGAUAUCAUCUUGGCCGUCCUUCAGGGCAUCAUCGAUAUCAUCUUUGUGAUUGGGGUGAACCCGAUGUCUCAGAGCUCACAGAGCAUGUUGUACAACCCCAUGCUGAUGAUGUGCCAGAACAUCCCGGGCAGUCCUAGCCUCAGCGGCAGCGUGGGAGCCGGUUUCCCCGGAGGGUUCCCCAUGUACAAUCAAUACCUGUACCACUACUGUUUCAUGGACCCCGAGGAGGCGGUGGCGUUUGCGUUGGGUCUCAUGGUGGUGCUGGCUUUGUCCUUUUCUGCUUACUUUGCCUACAAGACCCGGAGUAAGAUUUGGCGCCAUGGAAAAGCCAACAUCUACUGGGACCAGCCGUUAGUUAGGCCGUCAGAAGAUGUCCAGGACUGGGUUGACCGCGGCGGAGACGGCCGCAGCACCCAGCACGCACCGACUGUUGUUAUGUCGGAGAGAGCGGCGCCUGACCUGAGGGCGGGGAACAGCGUGGUCUCCUAUGGCAACGGGACAGUCAGCGUCCACAGUGGGGGAAAUUAUAAAAGCAACAGUUAUUUUGCAGAGAACAGCAACAGUCGUGGUGCUGAGCCUCUGUACCAGAACAGCCGGGCGGCAGUUUGCUGCAGCAGCUCCUCAGAAGAGAACAACGGUACAAGGAAGCUGCCAGCUCAGAGUGCGAAGGAGGAGAAGAGGAAGCACAGAGACGUCGUGCCCACUGCUCCGGUGAUGGUCGAGUCCCAGUACGAGACUGGUUACACCACAGGCGACACUGGCAACGAGCUGGACCGGGACCACACAGAUUACCUGUACAGGCUGUACCCAGAGAUUAUCUCAGACGGCCAGCGUCGGAAGUACAAGAAGGAGUUUGACUCAGACCUGUCUCGAUAUAAGAGCCUCUGCGCCGAAAUGGAUGACAUCAGUGACCAGAUGCACAAGCUGAGUCGAGAGCUGGACGUGUUGGACAAGAGCUCCAUGAAGUACCAGGGAGUGGCUGAUGAAUAUAACCGACUAAAAGACCUCAAAAAGACGGCCGACUACCAAGCAAAGAAGAAGCACAGCAAAGAACUUCGCCAAAAACUUUUCCACAUCAAACGUUUGGUGAAAACCUACGACCAGGGUCUUUGUUAGCAAAUGUUAAUCCUCCGUCAAAACAGUAGAGCGUGCACUGACAACUGACAGGGUGUGGGUCUUACUUUGGCAGCUGAUACUUUACUCUGUGUGGUUUUAAUGUAAGUCAGCCUGAAUUCAAAUCUCCAUAUGUUAAUUGAACUGUUAAGAUUUUUACUUUCUGUUUCAGUUUAAAUUUGACACAUGCUUAAUUGUUACAAACUGUUGUUAUGAAUGAAUGUGAAAACAAUGUACGUCUUGAUUGCACGGAAGCCUGGAAAGGACACGGAGAGGCUAUUAAAAUUAGAAAGACGGAUGUUCGAGAGAUCUUGGCAGACUUUUGCGAGAUGUUUUAGGGGUUCAGUAACAUUACAGGAAGUGCUGCACAGCUGUUUAUUUAUGUGCCCACAGAAUAAAAAUCAGGGGAUCAGUACAUCUGCCAUAUAAAUAUGGUUAUUUAUAAACAAAAAAUCACCCACUGACUUCCUGAAUUGACAAAAAAUACAAUUAUUAUGAACUUUUGCUUUCUUUUUUGACUCUCCAUGUCCCCUCCAGGGCUCCAUAUAUAUAUAUAUAUAUAUAUAUAUGUGUGUGUGUGUGUGUACCGACUGGAAGACAAGCAAAAUGUAUGUAAAUAAACACGUUAGCUUUUGGUGUACAGAUGUUUCCAUUAAUACACUUUAACAUUUGGUCCACGUUGCAGUGUUUAUUUGGCAUUCUUCAUACAGAUGAAAUUACAACAUGAUUUCAAGUAGUAGGAAAAAAACAAACGUAAAAGGACUCAUCGUCAUAGUUGGAUUCUUUUAAUAACGUCGCCAUACACAUGAAAUUGAAAAACUCAGUAACACAAAGAUAAGAAAGCAUUAAUAGUAUAUUUAUCUUUUUUUUUAAUUAUUAUUCUCUACAACAUGGUGGUGCAAAUAGAUGACAAAAAAGGAAGAAAAUCCAAAUAGCUUCAGAAAAGGCCCGGCAGUAGAUCAAGAAGCAGAGUUACGUCUUCCAAUUUACGGAUUUGGGUUAAGUUUUACUCUUUCCUUUAAAAGACUUGGGAGGUUGUAAACUUGCUUCUCGAAAUACGUGCGUGAGGUAAAUCCUGGCGGACCAGCGAAUCGGGGCCCAUCUCCUUUCAACCCGUCACAGACAGACAGCGUUAUGUUUUGGCAUUGAAUAUCCUCCAAGUGCAGUCUUUCCACCAGAAUCUCAUCCACUGACACAUCGUCUCACAUCAAAUGAAAAGCAAUGAAAAGCUCUGUCUCAUAUAAGUUGGAACAAAUAAAAUAAAAUAAAUGGCAUUAAGAUGAGCUUCUUUUUUUGACAUCUGAGCAGAUGACAGAGGUAUUUUCAUGUAAAAUACAAGUAGGGAAAAACAUUUAGGAGCUACCAGUGAAAGCAAUAUUUUAAUGUUUAAAUGAACUUUGAAUUACAUAAUGUUAAAGAAGGAAACAUUUUCAACGUAGAGAUCCAAAACAACAUCUGAACAUGCAAAAAGACAAAAGUUGGCCUCAAUAUAUAUAUACACACACACACACAUUUAAUUACAUUUUCAAGAGAUCCAGAAACCCCCAGAAACAGUCUUAACUAAUGUAAACCGGUGUUUAACUGGUAGUGUUGGUUUAGAAACUCUCGGAUCACCAGCUACAUUUGCCAGUCCUUAUUUUAUUAAACGGUAUCUUAUAGUUGAACCCAAAUAUCCGUAUCAGCCUGCCAUUUCUCAAUUAAAAAAAAAAAAAAAAAAAAAAUCCAAACUAUGCACAAUAUCUGAUCAGUUAAAUCAUAUUCAAAGGACAACUGAAAAUCACUUUGGAGAUCUUUUUUUUUUUUCCCCAAAAAAGAUACAAGACAAAUGCUUGUGAUGCUCUUGUCCCAAAUUUGCACUGAAUAAGAAGGCAGUUGUCAAAAAGAAGGCGGUUUCUGGUGAAAAAAACCUACAGAGGUUUGUGUUUAGGAAAUAUCAGACUAAAGCAUUCUGAUGUCUAGUGAGGUAUUAGUCCGUUCUCUGUAACUGUUUUUUUUUUUUUUUUUUAAUCUU